AAAAAAAAAAUUCUCAUCUAUCACGUACGACUCACAGGCUUGCAUCAAUGCAAAGUCUACCACUGUGAACACUCCCACGAUCAAGUGGCAGCAGCCGUAGACAUGCACGAAGAAAUCUCGAUGCUUCCUGAGGGUGAUGGCAACUCUGCCAGCAAGCCAGAGCAUCAGGGCACCAGUUUACCUUCAUGUGAAGAGGGCGGCGACCUGGCCAAGUGGAUCAGAGACAAGAUCUUCAAAAAGGAGUGUGUUUACUUCAACAAAGGAGCUGGAGAGGGGGUUUGUAAGUGUGGCUACCUGAAGGAACUACACAUGGAGGAAGCCAUCAGAGCUGACAAAUACGCAGGAGAGACGUGGAGCAUAGACAGACAUGUGCAAGAGUUCCCCACGGAUGCUUUUGGGGACGUCACAUUUGGUGGCUCCAGUCCAAAGCUCAGCAAGUAUGUCCGGGUGUCAGCAGACACCGAUCCUGAGGUUUUGUUUCAACUCUUGACUGAACAGUGGAAUCUUCCUCCACCCAAACUCCUGAUCUCAGUGACUGGAGGGGCCAAGAACUUCUCCCAGAGGUCGAGUCUCAAGACCAUGUUCCACAGAGGGCUCAUCAAAGUCACCCAAAUCACAGGUGCAUGGAUCAUGACCGAUGGCACUGACACUGGGGUGAUGAGGCAUGGUGGUCGCGCGGUGAAGGACUUUUCUCUGGGAAGUGAUCAAGUGGUGACCAUCGGUGUGGCGACAUGGGGAAUCAUACACAACAGAGAGACCUUGGUGGACACUGAGGGACUUUUCCCAGCACAUUACACGUUGGAUGUUGCCAAACAGGGUCCCCUCUCCUGCCUGGACAGCAACCUCACCCACUUCCUGCUGGUGGAUGAUGGAACUCAUGGCAGUUAUGGUGGGACGAUUGAACUGCGCUCCCGUCUGGUGAAGUGCAUCUCAGAGAAACCUCUUGACAACACAGGCAACAGCUCGACUAUUCCUGUGGUGUGUUUGAUUUUGCAUGGAGAACCACAUACUUUAAAUAGCAUCUACAACGCCAUGCUGAAUGACACUCCCUGUGUGAUCCUGGAGGGCUCGGGCAGAAUAGCAGAUGUCAUCGCUCAUGUUGCGCAUAUGCACCUGUCCAAAGUCACCAUGAGCCUCAUCCGUAAGCUGAUGGUCAAGUUCUUCCCCAAAGAGUCGCAAGAUUUUUCGGAACGGCAGAUUAUCGAGUGGACUAAGAAGAUCCAGGACAUCAUGAGAAUGUCUCACCUGCUGACAGUGUUGAGAGUCAGUGAGAAAAAUCAAGGCGAAAUGGAUGCAGCCAUUCUGCAAGCUCUGUUUAAAGCAUCAAGAUACAAUGAGCCUCAGGGAGCUGAAGUCUGGAAGCGUCAGCUGGAGCUCGCCAUCGCGUGGAACCAAGUCGACAUCGCUAAGAAUGAGAUCUUCACUGAAGAGAACCAGUGGACGUCCUCUGACCUCCACUCAGCCAUGGUGUCAGCCCUGUUGGGGAACAAACCCCAGUUUGUGAAGCUGUUGCUGGAGAACGGUCUGAUUUUGAGCAACUUCCUGGAGGAAGAGGACAUGCUGUCUUAUCUGUACACAAAUAUGCCCAGUUGCUUCUUCAAGGCCAAGUUGGACAAGAUCCCACAAGAUGAUUGUAAAAUGCACCACGUGUCGGAAGAGGUGUGCCACUUUUUAGGCAUCUUCAGUCAGCCUCUCUAUCCCACAAAACAGUUCAGCAUGUCUGUGGAUGAAACGCCAUCGCUCUCCAGACAUAAGUCAGGAAUUCGCCUGCUGAUGGAGGAGGACAUUCAGGCUCCAUGGCAUCCGGCCAGAGAUCUAUUCCUGUGGGCCGUCGUCCAGUCCAACAAGGAGCUGGCUGAGAUUGCUUGGGAGCAGUGCAGAGACUGCAUAUGCGCCGCUCUGGCUGCCAGUAAGAUCUUGAAGAAAAUGUCAAUAGAAGGAAGUGAUGCUGACGAGGCGGAGGACAUGAGGCUGCUGGCCAGACACUAUGAGCAACAUGCCAUCGGUUUGUUCACUCAGUGUUACAACAGUGAUGAGCAGCUCGCAAAGAAGCUGUUGGUGCGUGAGUCUCCGUUUUGGGGCAGAACAACUUGCCUGCGUCUCGCUCUGAGGGCGGAUAAUAAAAACUUUGUGGCUCUGACAGGAGUUCAGGCUCAUCUGACUCAGAUCUGGUGUGGAGAACUGUCUGUGGACAAUCCUGUGUGGAGAGUUUUCAUCUGCAUGAUCUUCUUCCCACUCAUAUACACCGGCUUCCUGAAGUACCGACGAGACGAAAUAGCCCGCGAGGAGAAAAAAAAGAAUAAGCUGGAGGUGAAGGCAAGAAAGUCACGUGACCAAGAGCCCACAAACACAUCCUCGUUGGGUUGCUGGUCCAGACUGGUGGGCCUGUACGAUUCCCCUCAGGUCAAGUUCUACUGGAGCAUCGUGUCUUACUUUGGCUUCCUCUUCCUGUUCUCUGUGGUGCUGAUGAUGGACUUCCAGGUCACACCCUCAAAUGCAGAGAUUCUGUUGUAUGUUUGGCUGCUGUCCCUGCUCUUUGAGGAGGUCAGGGAGCUCUUUUCCGACCCAGAUGGAUUUGGGUUUCAAAAAAAAGUCAAAAUGUACAUCAAUGAUGCUUGGAACAUUAUAGAUGUUUUGUCCAUCGUCCUUUUCUUCCUUGGCCUGGCAUUCCGUCUGACCACAGUGCUCUUCUACGCCGGCAAGAUCAUCCUCUGUAUCGACUUUGUGGUCUUCUGCCUCCGUCUCAUGGCCAUCUUCACCAUCAGCAAAACCCUUGGACCAAAGAUCAUCAUUGUCAAGAAAAUGAUGAUGGACGUGUUCUUCUUCAUGUUCCUGCUGAGUAUCUGGGUGAUGGCCUAUGGUGUCGCCAAGCAAGGAGUCCUCAUCCACAACGACAAUCGACUGGACUGGAUUCUCAGGGGAGCGGUUUUUGAGCCGUACCUCAUCAUAUUUGGGAACUUCCCCACGAACAUUGACUAUGCUGGAUUCGAUAUGGAUUCCUGUAGCAUGAAUGGGACUGAUCCUCUGAAACCAAAGUGCCCAGUGCUGACUGAAGACCAGACGCCUGCUUUCCCUGAGUGGCUGACCAUCAUCAUGUUGUGUGUUUACUUGCUCUUUGCCAACAUCCUGCUCCUCAAUUUGCUCAUAGCCAUCUUCAACUUCACGUUCCAGGAAGUUCAAGACAACACAGACAGAAUAUGGAAGUUCCAAAGAUACGAGCUGAUCAGAGAGUACCACAGCCGGCCUGCUGCUGCUCCAGCCUUCAUCAUCCUCAGCCACAUCUACCUCUUUAUCAGGGGCGUGAUUCUGCGAAUGCCAGGCUUCCAACCCAAAGACUUCAAAGACACGCUGCCCAAGAAGGAGGAGGAGGAGCUGCUGACCUGGGAGGCCCUGAUGAGGGACAGAUACCUACUGUCUUCCCAGCAGCAGCAGCGUCAGACUGUUGAGCAGCGCGUGGAGGAUACAGCGCUGAGGGUGGCAGCGAUGAGUGAGCGACUGGAGCAGUCUACAGCUGCACUGCAGAGCAUCCUGGAGACUCUGAGGUCUGCAGGGUUUCCAGCCAAAGAUCCACAUGCACCACCAACGCCAACCGGGUCUUUCCAAAGUAUCCAUGAUGGACCAGACUCAGCCAUUGUCCAUGUGAAAGCUCGCCAGCUUCACUACCCAAACUCCAAAAUGAGACGCUUCCCUGUGCCUGAGGAGAAGGUCCCAUGGGAGGUCAGCUUCAGCUCUUACAUGCCGACUGAUUUCACACCUGAGGAGAGUGGAGACGUGGUGGACAGACCUGCAAAUGAGCUCCUGGAUAAGUACAGAAACCCAGGGGGGAGGACAGGCAUUAAAGGAAGAGGUGCUUUAAGCUGUUUGGGCCCGAAUCUUUGCACUGAUGUUGUCGUAACACGCUGGAGAGAUGGUGAGCCGUCUGUUCUGGAGUUUCUGGGAAUUCAGGAUGACAUCCGGAGGACCUUGGAACUCCCUGGAGGACCGGUCCAGUCACCUGAUCAACUGCCGGAGCGCUUGAAGAGAAGCAUGGGGAUUCCACUGUAUGAGAAAGUCAACCAGAGAUUAUCGACAGCAGCAAAGGUGUUUGAAGGCUAUGUUGACGACAGUAGGAACACAGAUAAUGCCUGGGUGGAGAGCGUCGUCCUGAACCUUCACCUGGACUGGUCCGCUGUAGAAGAUGUUGAAAUCAUAAACCUGAUUGCCGACAGCAAUGGCUCCCUCAAGUGGAAGGACAUCAGCAGCAAAACUGGACUCAGUUCAAACCAGAGUGAUGCUCUUCAGAGGGUUGCAGAGAGACACAACAAGAAAUGUUGAUCUUCAUCAGGUUUUUAUGUGAUGCAGCGUCAUGGUUCAAAUUCGUGACUCAAGGUCAGAGGUCACGGUGACCCAGUAAUCUCCGUCCUCAAGAAGACACACAUCACCAUCACAUAAUCAGAACCUUGGAACCGCUGUUGCAAAACACUUUCAAAACUAUGUGGUACUGAAUUUUGAAUUAAGAAUGACAAUUGUUUUUUUUAAGGUGCUUUGUUUUCAGCUCCAUUAGCUUCAGUUAGGAUGGUCUAAUACAACAAUCAAGAUUAUUCUGAAAUAACCAAAUCAAUGCAUUGAAAAUUAUGAACGUGUGAAUUCGUUUUUUCU